UGAUUACUUAGUGUCCAUAACAGCUCGUGACCACGCCCCUUGUCUGACAAGGCCACGCCCCCAUGUGAUAAAACAGAUCACUAUGAAUUAAUUUAUAUAGUCAGUUGUUCUAAAUUCUAGUUAUCUGUUCACCUCUUGUCCUCCUAACCAUCCGGUGUGUCCAAGUGGGAGUCUUUACAGCACUUUUUCCUCUUAUCCCAGCUACUAUAGAGUUGUUUGUUGUUAUAUGUUCAGCGUGUAAAACGUGUAGAGUUACUACAAAUUACCACAAUAGGCGUGGCCUGGUCCGACGAUGGGCGUGGCCAUGCGCUGUUAUGGGCACCAUCUAAAAGCCAUGUGUUGGAGUCACAUUUCCACAGCGCAGCUGCAGAGGGUUACAGUAGAACUAAAACAAGCGAGGAUGGCAUUUGACGCACUUGGGUCCUGUUGCAUGAGGUGGUGUUUGGCAGCGCGCGCUCCGGUCCGCGCUCUAUCCGUGUUCUCGUAGGUGACGCGCGCGUUUCUCCUCGCUGACAUGAGUACUUUCUACAUCACCGUUGAAUUGAUCAUCGCUGUGCUGUCCAUUGUCGGCAACGUGCUGGUGUGCUGGGCUGUCGCCAUCAACUCCACUCUGAAAAACGCGACCAACUACUUCUUGGUGUCUCUGGCUGUAGCCGACAUUCUGGUCGGGUGCCUCGCCAUCCCUUUCGCCAUCACCAUCAGCAUCGGGCUGCCUUGUGACUUCUACGGCUGCCUUUUCCUCGCCUGCUUCGUGCUCGUGCUCACACAAAGCUCAAUAUUCAGCCUCCUGGCGGUGGCCGUCGACAGAUACCUGGCUGUCAAAAUUCCUCUGAGGUAUAAGGAGCUGGUUACAGGGACCCGGGCCAGAAAGAUCAUUGCUAUUUUAUGGAUUCUAUCAUUCAUCAUUGGCCUCAUUCCAUUUGCAGGCUGGAACAAGAAAGCCAGUGCUUGCAGUAAGCCUGAAAACCAAAGUUCUCACCACCACAACUCCAGCACAGAAGUGUACCAGGGCUUCUUGCAGAGCUGCAGUCUAAAAUGCCUCUUCGAGAGUGUAGUGGACAUGAGCUACAUGGUCUACUUCAACUUUUUUGGUUGCGUACUGCUGCCCUUGGUCAUCAUGCUAGGCAUCUACGUCAAGAUUUUCACAGUGGCUCGAAAGCAGCUGCGCCAGAUCAAGCUCGGAAGCGUGAUGGGCAACGGCGAGAGCCGCCAUCACCAGCACCAUCGUGGGCUCCUGCAGAGGGAAAUCCAUGCCGCCAAGUCUCUGUCCAUUAUUGUAGGCCUCUUCGCCCUGUGCUGGCUUCCUGUGCAUGUCCUCAACUGCCUCACCCUCUUUACACAAGUGGCCAAGCCCGACUACAUCAUGUAUGUGGCUAUCAUGCUCUCACAUGCCAACUCAGCAGUCAACCCCAUUAUCUACGCUUACCGCAUCAGGGAAUUCAGGAACACCUUCCGGAAAAUUCUGGCGCGCCACUUUCUUUGCCGUCGGGAAGAGUUGUUCCUGAGCUCCAAUGGAAGCACCAGAAACAGAGAACAGAUUACCAUGACCAUUGAUCCUCUGUUAUAGGUCAUGAGACACUGGAAAUGGUAUUUUAAUUUAAUCAAAUCUUAUUUUUAUUGAGCAUCAUUCAAAAUCAGUGGAGCAAUGUUUACACACCAGAGAACAACUGCAGGAAUGUGGAUUGCGUGGUAGUUUAUGAGGACUGAAGGGAAGUGUAUCGAUGACACUUUGAAAGCAGAUGUCUCUGGAACUAAAGCAAGGAGCAAAAUGCUUCUCAUCUAACACUACUUAAGACAGCGGAGAUCCAGGAAAUAUCUCCUCUUCAUCCUGACACAAGUAACAAACUCAAACAAACUGAGCUCUUUUUUCCAAGUCUUAAAGCGCAGACAUUAUAUGCCUGUGGACAUCUAGACCUGGCUACAGGUGAAUCCUGGUAAUGGACAGAGACAACAAUAAAUAAAGGUGGAGGGAGCAAUUCCCAGAAUGCACCAGAGUGGGAAAAUUACUCAGUAUUUACUUAAAGUCCAUUUUGAAGGAAAUGCAACACAUUGUGAAGGACAGUGGAACAAAAUGCCUGAAAGAAAAAUCGAACAGUGUUUAACUAUAACAGUCUUUUACAGUGUUGUGCUUAAAUAUUUUAGACUGUUUUAAUAAACCUUUACAAUUUAGGUUACUAUAGAAAGCUCAGGAAAACCAUGUGAGGGGUCCAGGAAUUGUCUUAAAGAAAUUCACUCAUUCAGUCAUUGAAAGUUUGGUCUGAUCGCCAGUUUUUGAGAGUGUUCUCGCUGUUUAAAUGGUUGAAUCUUAAAAAAACAGACUAGGUAGAUGAAAACAGGGCUAAGCCUGUUAAGCCUGUUUAUUUUUGCUAGUCACUUUCUAAGUCAUUAGACAUCAUAUUUUAUCUCACCAAGACCAAAUUUCCAAAUGUUGAAAGGGUAUUAUGUCUCUUUCCCACAUACAGUACCAAACCAAGCAGCCUCAGCUGCCCUGGUGUAGGACUUGGGGUUAUUGUCCCCAUCAUGGGUGCGUCACUGAGUGCAAACUGCCCCAAGGGCCCAGUUUGUCAUUGAACGUUCAAAGCCUAGAGCAGAGAGUGUCUACUGCACUGAGAUUUAAAGUGUGACAGUCGGGCAAAAAGCGUCUGCAGCAAAAAGAUUUAAAGGGUCGCCUCUGAGCUGGCAGCCACCUACCUCUUUAACACUGUUCUAACAAAAAUACUGUGAAGCUUAGCCACUGUCCUCCACAACUAUUUAAAACUAUACCAUGUGUGUGUAAAAAUCUAUUCUAGUUAAGUAGAACUAUUUACAUGUAGACCAAUUUAAGGAUGUCGUUACAAAGUGAACAGCAAGUGUAUAUUGAUGGCACUGAAAAAUGAGUGAAAACCCAAAUGUUCUAAAGUUGGCUACGUAAGAAAUUUACAAGAACCAUACUUUCCCGAAGUGUAUUAAUCUUCUUAUACCACAGCACUAUUUUUUUUUUUUAUUAUUUAUUAAAAAUGUACAUAUUGAAAA